UCUUGAGAGAACAGGAAGGAGGAAUGACAACAGUGUGAAGAUGCUGCUGCUCCUGCUUUGACACUUUUCAACUCUUCGUUUUUCACUCGCACAAAUCAACAGACAACAAUGACUUCAAUUAUAAAAGAAACACAAAGCAUUAAAGAAGCAGUGACUUUCAUCAACGCCAUUGAUGUGAACAAGUUCUCCAGGCUGAUCUCUCGUAUCAUACAAAAGCUUCAUCUGAAGAGAGAGCGGACAUUCAGUGAAGAAGAGGAGCAAAAACUUCAGGCUGCUCUCUCAUUGGAUAAACAGGCUCUCAAUCUCGUCCUGGAAACGGCUGCCUUCAUUCUAGAGCAGGCAGUGUAUCAUAAUGUAAAACCCGGCUCUCUGCAGCAGCAGCUGGAGAUGGUUCAUCUAAACCCAGACAAGGCUGAGGUUUUCUCUCAAACCUGGGCCACUGCUGGACCUGAGCUGGUGGAGAAGCUGAAGCACAAUAUCUUUGCCCCAAAUAAGCUGGAGUAUGUCGGUUGGCAGUUGAACCUGCAGAUGGCCCAGUCCAGCCAAGCCAGACUGAAAUCUCCCAGUGCUGUCCUCCAGCUGGGGCUCCACAAUGAAGAAUCUGAGGCUCAGGAAAAUGUCUUCGUUGAGUUUAACCACCAGGAGCUGCUUGAGUUCUACAACAAGCUUGAAGUCGUACAAGGCCAGUUGGAUUCCUUGACUUGAUGCCUGCUGCUCUAUGUACGGCCCCACACACACACUCAUGUUGUUAGUGUUUUUGCUGACAGCUAUGCCAGCUGUUAGAAGCCUGGCAAUUACAUUCCCACUCUGCUUUAUUAGAGAAAAAUGUCAAAAUUUGUAGGCAGGGGUUUCUUUCCCUUAUGAGCUCCAUUUAAUCCAGGUUUGUGCUCAGAAUUUAGAGAGGUCGGUGUGAUAAUUCUCACUGUGCUUUGAAUUUUUAUGUCUUCAUCAAGAUGAGAUGGUGGGAAAAUUACCUUUUUCAAUGUAAAAAAGUGAAAUUUUUCUAUACCCUGCAGUGAGUAACUUAAUGUUUGAUUGCUCUAUAAAUUAGUUAUAAGAAGAUGUUUAAAUGUGCCAAUAGUCAGUGAUCUGAAAAAUUCAUGCUUACCCAGAGAAAAAGAAAGAAAAAAGAAAUGAAAAGUCAGAAUCAAAUUGCAAUUGAAUUGAAACAAAUGAAUUUUGUAACUUGGAGAAUGAAUGCCAUUCUAAUAAAAUCUGAAUCGGAGGUGAAAUCCA